AUGGCUAAUCUCUCCACCCAGAUCACCGUUCUAGAAUUCAGAGAAAAUAAUAUACAUGGAAGCAUCCCUUCAGGUAUUGGAAACCUCAUCAAUAUGGAGUACUUGGAUAUGGGGAAGAAUGAUAUUACAGGCAAUAUUCCAGUGCAAAUUGGGAUGCUUCGUAGGUUGCAGGCCUUGUACUUGGACUCCAAUAGGAUCUCCGGACAAAUUCCAUCUUCAAUUGGUAAUUUGACCCUUUUGAACAGUCUUGAUUUUGGGGAGAAUAACUUAGAUGGACAUAUUCCUCCCUCUCUUGGAAAUUGUCAACGGUUGUCAGACAUGAGUCUUUAUCAUAACAACCUUAAUGGCUCAAUACCCAAAGAAGCUCUCUAUAUUUCCUCUAUUUUAAUCAUUCUAAACCUUGGUGACAAUCCUUUGACUGGCUCCCUACCUUCAGAAGUAGGCAACUUGAAGAACCUUGCCAUCUUAAUCGUUGCUAAGAACAGAUUAUCAGGAAGUAUCCCAGGCACUCUUGGGAAUUGUUUGCUACUAGAGAACAUUUUCAUGGAAGACAACCACUUUGAAGGAAUGAUUCCAGAGUCUCUGAGCGCCUUGAGAGGAUUACAAAGCUUGGAUAUUUCAAAUAAUAUGUUGUCUGGAGAAAUACCAGAAUUCCUUGGAACACUACACUUUCUCAUCUAUUUGAACCUGUCAUUCAAUGAACUCCGGGGUGAAGUUACAAAAAAUGGGAUUUUCAAUAAUGCAAGUGUGAUUGCAGUUGGUGGAAAUCAAAAACUCUGUGGAGGUAUAGCUGAAUUGAAGCUACCCACAUGCAUCAUCACAGCCUCCUCCAAGAGAAAGAGCCACUAUCUGCUUCUCGAAGUAAUAACCCCAGUGGUUGUUAUGGUACUUGUCUCAAUUCUAUUGUUAUCUUUCAUUGUUAGGCGUUAUUUGAGAAGGCCUCGCAGAAAUGAACAGUCUUCUGCACCACCAUUUCCUCAGCAUUUAACAAUUUCUUAUGCAGAGCUCCUUAAAGCAACAAAUGGCUUCUCUGAGGCAAAUUUGAUUGGUGUUGGAAGUUAUGGCUCCGUAUAUAAGGGAAUACUAGAUGAAAAUGAUGAAACAUUGAUUGCAGUGAAGGUUCUUAAUCUUGACCAAAGAGGAGCUGCAAAGAGUUUCAACUCUGAAUGUGAGGCCUUGAAAAAUAUUCGGCACCGGAACCUUGUCAAGAUGUUGAGUACCUGCUCCAGUAUUGACUUCCAUGGUAAUGAUUUCAAAGCUCUGAUUUUUGAGUUCAUGCCUAACGGAAGUCUUGAGAAAUGGCUGCAUCCAGAAGCGGAUGGGCACCAAGAGUUGAGGAAACUUAGCUUUAUGGAGAGACUAGGCAUAGCCAUUGAUAUAGCUUCUGCACUGGAAUAUCUGCACCACCAUUCCCAUGCAGCAAUAGUUCAUAGUGAUCUCAAGCCAGGCAAUGUUCUUCUGGAUGAAAAAUUGACAGCCCAUCUGAGUGAUUUUGGAUUAGCAAAUGUUCUUUCUGAGUUCUCUAUUAGUUCUGCAUCAAAUGGAACAAACUCUGCUGCAAUGAAAGGAUCUAUUGGGUAUAUUGCUCCAGAAUAUGCUAUGGGUGGCAAAGUGUCUACACAUGGAGACGUUUACAGUUACGGAAUACUAUUGCUGGAGAUGUUUACAGGGAAGAGACCAACUGAUGAAAUGUUCAAGGAUGGCCUAAGCCUUCACAGCUUUGCUGCUUUGCUAAAAUGGCUUGCCAAGAAAGAGUGA